UUUUGUUCCAUUUUUAUCUAAUAUUUUUUUGUAAAUUCACAAAGAGCCACACCAAAGAGAACAGUAGUGGCCUAAUGAUGGCAAGCGCAGCUUCCACUUCCAUGGCGGCGACAGCCGUCUUCAGCCCAAGAUUCGCCGUCUACUCCGCCCCCAACCGCCGCUGUGCGUUGCCGUACCCACCGCUACCCAGAGUUUCCGUUCCUGUUUUUUCUGCCCCCCUCAAACUAAAGGAACCCAAGAGGUCUUCUCUUCUGCAGGUCAAAGCAUCUUCAUCUGAGGAUACAUCUAUUGAUGCUAAUGAGUUGUUUACUGAUCUAAAAGAAAAGUGGGAUGCCCUUGAAAACAAGUCCACCGUACUUCUUUAUGGAGGUGGGGCAAUCGUUGCAGUUUGGCUCGCUUCAACACUUGUGGGUGCCAUCAACUCAGUUCCUCUGCUUCCCAAAAUCAUGGAGCUCGUGGGGCUCGGAUAUACUGGAUGGUUUGUCUAUCGUUACCUUCUCUUCAAGUCACGCAGGAAAGAACUGGCAGAAGACAUUGAAGUGUUGAAGAAGAAGAUCUCGGGAUUUGAGUAGAUGCAAAGGUGAACCCCAGCAUCAUUUCAUAUUGAUCUGUGCUACAUUUUCAUCGCAUAUAGUAUUAUUAGAGGCAUAAUCUCUAAUAACAAAUGAAGGCUUCCUAUGUAGGAGUACUUGUGUUUUGUUUAAGGUUUGUCUUGCAAUGAGAUUCUGUAUUCAACUUGAUCUGUGUUUAAGAAUCAGCAUUCCCCAGCUACACAAACAUCUUUCUGUAAAUACUGCAUUGUCUGUACUAUGUAUUUUUGGAUGACUUAAAAGCAUGUAAAUCCUUGUUUUGUUCA